CGUUAAUGGCGCGGGGAGAAGUGGAGGGGCAUGUCACGUGACCUACGUAGAUUAAGCAUGCGCAGGUACUGAGGUUACUCAGGAACGUAUCAACAAAAUGUAAUGUAUCAACAAGGGUGAUCAGAAACAUGUACAAAGUUGCCUUGUGGAGUCAAUCAUUCUUAUCUCCGUUCAUUUUUUUUCUUUCUCUUUAACAAAUACUCACUUUUUAUAUAUCAGCAUUUUUCGGCAUUUGCCAUUGUCUUUAUAUUAUCACAAUGAAAGAUUUUUCCACACAUGAAAGAUUUAAAGCACAAUAGAGCAUACUAAAAUGGCUUUUGAGGCUGAAUGUUUAACGACUGAAUUAAUAGAUUGGACAUUAUUAAAAGAAGAUUUGAAAUAUUUACCAACUGAAAUAGAAGUACAUCUAGCAUCUAUAAUUGAUGUAUUACAAAAAAUUAGCAUGCAAAAAUUCGAGAGGACAACAAAAUGGAUAAAUAAUUCUUUAAUUAGAAUAGAAGCUUGUUUAGAUCGUACAUGGCAAAUGCUGAAUUCAGGCCAUUGGAAAGAUGUUCCACUAUCGUACAGAUAUAGUUAUUCUUUUUGUAGUCUUUUAAAGGUAAUAUUGCUAGAAAUUGAACAUGAACAUAACAAAGAAAAAUCUACAGAUACAGAAAUACAAGUUUUACAAGAAAUUAUUCAACAAAUUGAUAAAGGUAUUCUAUUAGGUGCUCCUUUACCGAGUAAGCCGUUAUUACUUACAUCGAUUGCUUCAAAAAUAAAUAAUUACUAUAAUAAAUUCGUCAGAACACUUACUGCAAAAAAAAUAGAAAUAGAUUACAGUAAAGUUUCUCAAUCAUUACUACCUGAAUUUUUACAAGUUAAUCGAUAUAGCAUACCUUCUAUGGAAUCAUUUUAUAAAGACAUUUUUAUACCAAAAAUUCCAGCCGUAAUAACAGAUUCUAUGAAACAUUGGAAUGCUUUACAUUUGUGGCAAGAUAUCGAUUAUCUAAAUAAGAUUGCUGGAAGUCGCACUGUACCUAUUGAAAUAGGAUCUCGUUACACCGAGGAAGAUUGGAGCCAAGAUUUGAUUAUAUUUUCAGAAUUUUUACAAUCUCAUAUAAUUAAGAAUACUCAAAAAGUUGGUUAUUUGGCUCAACAUCAACUUUUUGAUCAGAUACCAGAACUAAAAAAUGAUAUAGUUGUACCAGAUUACUGUUCUUUUUCUGAUAAAGAAAAUGUAGAAGUUGAACCACCAGAUAUAAAUGCUUGGUUUGGACCAGCUGGAACUGUAUCACCACUACAUUUUGAUAUCAAAAAUAACUUAUUGUGUCAGGUUUUUGGUUAUAAAAGAAUAUUUUUAUACGAUCCAUCUGAUUCUAUAAAUUUAUAUCCCUAUGAUACCAAAUUACUUUAUAAUACAGCACAAGUAGAUCCCCUUAAACCUGAUUAUAUAAAAUGGCCAGAUUUUAAAAAAGCCAAAGGUUUUAUGUGUUAUUUAGGACCAGGAGAGAUGUUAUAUAUUCCACCGAAAUGGUGGCAUCAUGUAACUGCACUUACACCAAGUUUUUCAGUUAGUUUUUGGUGGACUUAGGUAAAGGAGGAUACUCUUCAUCAAUUUUGCAAUGAAUAUGAUAUAUUGGAUAUGAUUGAUCUUGUUGAAACCAUUCUUUAAUACAUUGAAAUAUAUAUUAUUUAUGUUUAUAAUGUU